CACAGUGACAUUUUGCUUGUCAUGUGCACCGGUUGUUGAUUUGAAAAGUGUGCUUUGUGAUGUGCGUUCAUUAGAAACAGUGUGUGAUAAUCGUGUAGCCAAUUGCUGAGAACACUUUGAAAUCACUACUACUGAUAACGAUCGCUACCGCUUAAUUGUGUGCAAACCAAAAUAAAACAAAAGAUAAAAGUAUUGCAAUCCAAUUUAGUUUUAUAUUCACCAACAUACAAAGCGUCUAGUGAAUUUGGGCAAAGUAUCAAAAUAUAUCAAUUCCAUAAAAGUGUGCUUAAGUACCGAUAUAAGGUACAUAUAUAAAUCGGGCAUAAAUAGAAAGUUUAAAGCAACACCAAUUUAAUCUAAAGAAAAUUUGCAACGUUGCUUCUGCAUAAAGUGUCAAACUUUAGUUAUCAAACAGGAUCUGCUGUCAAAAAUUUGUGGAAUAAAUAAAAUAGAAAUUUUGUUGAAAUACGAAAAGUUAUAUAAAAACACAAUUUGUUUUUGUUUUCUUUUUUUUUUUUGAAACUACUAUGCAAAGUUAAGUGAUUUAAUAGAAAAAUAUUUUGUGGUUGUAAAUAGUUAGGCGUGUGACUGUUUACAUUCUCUCCUCUAUUAUUGUCUCCGGUUACAUUUUGUUCUUGUAGCAAUAUGGACCUGUUGUGCACAGAAAAUUUAAGGACUGAUUAUGAUUGUGAAGUUCCGUAUGUGCCAACGCAAAUGCGAGCACAUACCUAUGCCCAAACACAACUACAACCACACCUACAAUCACAACACCAACCCACUACAAUCCACACAGCAGAAAUAGCACUUGAAUCAGGCGAAACCGAAUCGAACGCAAAUGGCGAUAUAUCUAAGGAGCAAACACAGACGAAAGUAAUGCUUGGUGCACCGUCACCUUAUUCCAAUUCUAGCUCGUCUUUACUCUCACCGGGUGGUUCAAGCUCACCCUCGUCCGGUUAUAAUUCGGCAACGAGCUCACAUGCAAGUCAAACGCAUAUUCAUAACGAUGGCCGGCAGUAUCAUCAGGAAAAUGAUAUUCAGAAACAUCAGCAUUAUCAACAGUCACAGCAACAGCAACAGCAACAACACCAACAACAACACCAACAACAACAACAACAACAACAACAACAACAACAUCAGCAGCAACAAAAACAACAAGAGACAAAACAAAUGCAAUAUUAUGAAGAUCAGCAGGCUAGUAAUAAUAAUGCUGUAUAUCUAAAGUCGGUGCCAAGUCGUGAUUUAGGUUUCGUUAAUAGUGCUACAGUAGAUCCGAUAUUUUUAACUGAUCGCUGCUUGGAGAAUGCUUUGAAAGCAGAGGAAAAGUUGCCACAACCGGUUUGCACGUAUUUCAAGACCGUGCAGAAAGACAUCACGCCGCCUAUGCGCAAAAUAGUCGCAGAAUGGAUGAUGGAGGUUUGCGCCGAAGAAAAAUCUCAAGAAGAAGUCGUCCUCUUAGCACUCAACUAUAUGGAUCGUUUUCUAUCUACAAAAUCUGUAACAAAGACACAUCUGCAAAUAUUGGCGGCUGCCUGCUUGCUGCUCGCUUCGAAAUUACGUGAACCCAGCUGUCGGGCAUUAUCUGCCGAAUUAUUGGUGUUCUAUACGGACAACAGUAUAUACAAAUGCGAUUUAAUUAAAUGGGAAUUGUAUGUACUCAGUCGACUGGGCUGGGAUUUGUCGUCUGUGACGCCCUUGGAUUUUCUUGAAUUGUUAUUAAUCCGCCUGCCAAUCAAAAGUAAAGAAUGUCCUGAUCUGAGUCUCGAUAAAGUGAGACAACAUGCGCAGGCCUUCAUCUGCUUAGCAGCCAAAGAACACUAUUUUUCUAUAUAUUCAGCCAGUAACAUUGCUGCGGCGAGUAUUGCCGCUGCUUUGAAUGGUUUAAAUUGGCAUUUACGUACUGGCAACAAGAUGCGUCAUUUAUUGGAUUUAUUAACCGAUUUGACCAGUAUUGAGCAGGAAUACCUGCAUGAGUGUAUGCAAAAAAUGGAAAUCAUUUUCGAAGAACAUAGCCGUAAUCUGCAACCUUAUACUAACACCGCGUACCAACAUCAUCAUCAGCAGCCGCAGCAACAACACCUGGCGGUGGAACAGCAGCACCGCCAAUAUCAGCAUCAGCACCAUCAAGGUCAUCAUAAUCAUCCUCCUCACCAAUCACAUCAUCAACAACAGAAACAACAGCAGCAGCAACAGCACCAACACGUGCCUACAAUGUGAGCUCACUAUUGGGACACAUAAUUUUAAAUUUGUUUUUUUUUUUUUUUUUGAAAUAACUAAACUAAAUUUGAAAUUUCAAUUUAUGAAUGUUAAAAAUUACUAUUAUUAUUAUUUAUGCAUAAUUUUAUGCUACCUCAGGAAUUUUUUCGGAACUUAACAUUUUACAAACAAGUAUAAAUGCUCAUAUAUAGAGAAUUCCAAAUUUUGAAAUAUCUAAAAGUUGAAGAAUAGACUAUAAAAAUACAUAGUUGCAAAAGAAUAUGUAAUUUGUUAUACAUAUCUACAUAAAUGCAUAUGUACAUGUGGCGUUGAGUGUGGCCUACAUUUAGGCGUUUAUGCUUACGUUACUAACUUACUUACACUCGCCAACAUACCAAUUAUUUAGCGCAGUGUGUGCGAAAAAUGAAGAGAAAAAA